AUGAACCCCACCACCGAGGCCAGAACAGCCUUCACCGCGACGCUGCACUCCGUGGGCGCGAAUUUAGACCACGCCCUGACGACGCGCGCCAAGACGCUCCACGAGAACGACGCCGCGCUCCAGAAGCAAGAAGAGGAGAUCAAGCGGUCGACGGAGGAGCUGCGGGGCCAGAAUCAGAAGCUCGAGGGGUUGAUGGACUCGGCGAGAGAUGGGUUGAAGGAGAUAGGCGAUGUGCAGAACUGGGCGGAGAUGUUGGAGCGGGAUCUUUUGAUUGUCGAGGAGACUCUACGCUUGGUGGAGGGGGAUCAUGACUAUCAUGACGAUAGUCAUGAUAGUCAUGUGGAUAGCCAUGGCGAUAGUCAAGGGGAUAGUCAGGAUAGUCAGGAUAGUCAGGAUAGUCAGGAUAGUCAGGAUAGUCAGGAUAGUCAGGAUAGUCAUAGUCAUGGUCAAGGUACUGGAUGGUUCAAGUGGUGGUAA